AUGAAGACUCCAUUCCUUUUGCUGCUUGCUGGCCUCACGGCCACAGUCCAAUGCGAAGUACUGGCUCCGGCCAACGACAUUUUGUUUCCAUCGAGCGAGACCUCAAGCAACCCUCUGAAAUAUGCCGGAGGGAACAGUCCCUAUUUCGCUGGGCCUAACGUAAAUGGCAUCAAGAAUGAAGUCCCUGAUCGGUGUUCUGUCCGACAAGCUGCUUAUAUUGUCCGACAUGGCAGCAGAUUCCCCGACACUGGCUCAUACAACUCUUGGGUCGCAAUUUAUGACAAGAUUCAACUUGCGAUGAACCAGACCGGCUUCAAAGCACGCGGCUCAUUGGACUUCAUUUCGAAUUGGAAGCCGGUACUGACUAAUCCUAGCUUACAGCUAGCGCAGGAGUCGAUGACAGGUUGGAAAGAGGCAAGUGAUCUCGGUUAUCAACUACGGGCCAGAUACCCGAACUUCUAUGAAGACGGUAAUCCGUUUUAUGUUUGGGCAAACCAAUACAAGUCGCCAAUUAACAGCUCACGGGUGGUCCAAACCGCGAGAGCCUUCAUCCGGGGAUACCUCUACGAGUACGCUGAUACAUACGGGACUGUUGUCAGUGUGAACUCCACGGGAUCAAACAGUGCAAUUGGAAACUCGCUUGGCCCUUCAGACUCAUGCCCCAAAUUUGCUUCCACGAGCAGCGGAGGAAACAACGUGACAAACUGGGAUGCGACCUGGGUUCCAAGGACUGUCAAACGUCUCAAUUCGCUACUCAGUGGGGGCCUCACUUUUACUGAAACGGAAGUUCUCUUCUUCCCUUAUAUGUGCGCAUACGAGAGUCAAAUUACAGGAAACCUCAGCCCUUGGUGUGAUGUAUUCACAGAAAGCGAGCUCCGCAAGUAUGCAUACUCUCAGGACUUGAGUUACUUCUACGGCGUCGGGCCGGGGUCAGUUGGUCCAGCCAAAGUCCUCUUCCUUCCCUUCCUUGAAAGCCUGGUUUCGCUACUUGAGAAAGGCCCAGGGCAGAAGGGUGUUGGUAAAGAUGGCAACACAUUUGAUGUUCCCAAUCUCAUCAUGGGCUUCUUGAAUGAUAAUCAAAUUGCCGAGAUGACAGCUGCCAUGGGAAUCUUUGACUCCGAGAGACUGCUUCCUGAUGACCAUAUCCCAUCUGGUCAUCUUUACAAUGUGGCAAACUUCAUUACCAUGCGUGGAACUGUUGCCUUCGAGGUCAUGGAUUGCGUAACUGAAUCCAAGCGCUACUCCUCCAACGAGGCCUAUAUUCGAAUCCUGUUCAACGAUGCCGUUUACCCAAUCGCGGGCUGCCACCAUGGACCGGGGAAAAGCUGUGCACUGUCUGAAUAUGCUUCAAUUAUCCGCAAAAAGAUGCAACGGGCAGGAGACUUCCAAGAUUACUGCAAUGUCACCGAAAACAGUCAUCCAGAGCAAGUCCUGGGAGCCAGCUUUUUCAGCGAUUUGUCGCUAGACUUCCUCACCUUUGUCGCCCCAUAG